AUGGAUGGUACUAUAGGUAAAUUAAAAGGUUUUGAAGUAAAACGUAAUGGUGAAUUACAAUUAAUAAAAAUAUUUCAAGCAAGUGUUUUUGAAGCAUUUCUUAAAGAAACAACACUUGAAGAAUGUUAUAAUCAUGUUGCAACUAUUGCUGAUUAUUGGCUUGAUAUGUUAUAUUCACAUGUAAAAGAUAUAUCAGAUAAAGAAUUAUUUAAAUUAAUAUCAGAACGAAGAACUAUGUCAAGGAUGUUAUCAGAUUAUGGAGAACAAAAAUCAACAUCAAUUUCGACAGCUAAAAGGUAA